AUGUGGCCCAACAACAGCGCAGCUCCCUUCUUGCUGACUGGUUUCCUGGGCUUAAAAGCAGUUCACCACUGGAUCUCUCUUCCUUUCUUUAUCAUAUUCCUCUCCAUCGUUUCUGGCAUUGGCAUGCUGCUUUUCCUUAUUUGGAAUGAACACAGUCUUCAUGAGCCCAUGUACUACUUCUGGCUGGCAGGUACAGAUCUUGGGAUGAUGCUAACUAUAAUGCUCACAAUCCUGGGUGUCCUGUUGCUGGAUCGGAGGGAAAUUGCCCAGAGUGCUUGUUUCACUCAAUCCUACUUCAUUCACACACUGGCUAUUGUAGAAUCAGGUAUCUUGCCUGCUAGGGCUUAUGGCCGUUUCAUUGUCAUCCAUAGCCCUCUGAUCAGCUCCAUUCUUACCAUUUCCUGGGUGAUGAAAAUAGGACUGUGGGCAUUAAUGAGGGACUUUGUGUCCAUUGUACCCCCAAUUCUGCCACUCUAUUGGUUCCCAUACUGCCAUUCCCAUGUUCUUUCUUAUGCCUUGUGCCUCCACCAAGAUCUCAUGAAACUCACCUGUGCUGAUAUUACAUUUAAUCAUGUGUACCCAGUUAUUCUGGUUGCUUUGACUUUCUUCCUAGAUGCUCUGAUGAUUCUCAUCUCUUAUAUCUUAAUCUUUAAGACGGUGAGGGGCAUUGCCUCUGGAGAGGAGCGAGCUAAGGCUCUCAACACAUGUGUCUCCCAUAUCAGCUGUGUCCUGGUCUUUUACAUCACUGUGAUUGGCCUGACUUUCAUCCACAGGUUUGGGGCGCAUGCACCACAUGUGGUCCAUGUUACCAUGAGCUAUGUCUACUUUCUCUUUCCUCCAUUCAUGAAUCCUCUUAUAUACAGCAUCAAGACCAAGCAGAUUCAGAGAAGCAUUGUUCGUCUGUUUUCUGUCAGCAGUAGGCUUGCUUGA